GGGUUGAGAUUUGUAAAGUGCGGGUGAGAUCCGUUCGGAUACCACAGAUUGGUGACAAAUUCAGUAGUAGACAUGGUCAGAAGGGGACUGUUGGAAUGACUUAUACCCAAGAAGACAUGCCAUGGACUGUGGAAGGCAUCACACCUGAUAUCAUUGUCAAUCCACAUGCUAUUCCUUCUCGAAUGACGAUUGGUCAGCUUAUUGAGUGUAUCAUGGGAAGGUUGCUGCUCACAUGGGAAAAAGAAGGAGAUGCUACACCUUUUACAGAUGUUACUGUGACAAUAUCAGCAAAGCUCUACAUAAAUGUGGAUAUCAAAUGCGUGGUUUUGAGACCAUGUAUAAUGGUCACACAGGCAGGCGUCUAACUGCCAUGAUUUUCCUUGGCCCCACAUAUUACCAAAGACUGAAACACAUGGUUGAUGACAAGAUACAUUCACGUGGCCGAGGUCCUGUGCAGAUCCUCACAAGGCAGCCUGCAGAAGGGCGAUCUCGUGAUGGAGGUCUCCGAUUUGGAGAGAUGGAACGAGAUUGCAUGAUAGCCCACGGUGCUGCACACUUCCUAAAGGAGAGAUUAUUUGAUCAAAGUGAUGCAUAUAGAGUCCAUGUUUGUGAACGUUGUGGUUUGAUAGCCAUCGCAAAUCUUAAGAAGAAUUCUUUUGAAUGCAGAGGCUGCAAGAACAAAACUGACGUUGUUCAGGUUUACAUUCCUUAUGCUUGUAAGCUACUUUUCCAAGAGCUAAUGGCUAUGGCCAUAGCCCCAAGAAUGCUGACGAAGGAUAUUAAAUCCUCCAAAGAUCAAAAGAAGAAAGGAGCCUGAGAUGGAUGUUCAGCGAGGCUGCUAGUCUUUGAUUGACACUCUGGCUGACUAUGAUAAUGGGUUUUAUGCUAGAACGGAGAUGAAAUUGGGUUUUGGUAUGAAGACUUGCUCUGCUGGCCAAGGGGGAAAAAAAUAGCAGGACUCAUUUUUGUUGUAUUUUUAUUUCAUCGUCUCCUAGUUAUCUUGGCUGAAGUGGAACUUAACAACGCGAGCAGAGAGCAAUGAGUUUAAGGCUUGUACAGAUUAAUGUAUUGUUUGAUAUGAAGAGAAGGGAAAAGAACUAGGGCAUUGACUAGUUUUUUGAGUGUAUUUUUUGUAGUAUGAACAAAUAUGGAAUUAAGGGAAUAUUUACAAAGGACCUCUUCAUUAUCCGUCAAGCAGUCUGCGGAAAUGAAGCGGAGGGAAACCGUUGAGUAUCUUA